ACUUACAGCAGCAAGAACUUUGAAAAAAUAAAAUUUGGACGACAGUGAUUUAUUGACAUAUUUUUGAGAUAAUUAGAGUCUACACAUUUUCAUAUGUGAUUUAAAUCUUUAUUAUCAUAAAUUAUAAUGGGAAAUAAGCAGACAACUUUCACGGACGAACAGCUUGUUGCAUACCAGGAUUGCAGCUUUUUCACCAGAAAAGAAAUAUUGAGGAUCUUUCAUCGCUUCAGAGAGCUUUAUUCUGAGGGAGUUCCAAAGGAUAUGACCCACAAUGAAGCCCAUACCAUCAGGGUGCCUUUUGAAGAGGUGGAAAAGAUGCAGGAACUGAGGGAAAACCCAUUCCGUCGUAGAAUUUGUGAAGUGUUUUCUGAAGAUGGCCGUGGUAACAUGACCUUUGAUGAUUUCCUUGACAUGUUCUCAGUGUUUAGUGAGGCAGCUCCUAGGGAUUUGAAAUCAGUUUAUGCCUUUAGGAUAUAUGAUUUUGAUGGAGACAACUUUUUGGGAAAACAUGACCUGGAGAGGACACUGGGAUGUUUGACCAGGAAUGAGCUGACUUCUGAGGAAGUAGAUCUUGUGUGUGAGAAGGUGAUGGAAGAGGCUGACUUGGAUGAUGAUGGCAAGCUGUCUUAUGUAGAGUUUGAACACGUUAUCUCCAGAGCUCCGGAUUUCCUAGGAACUUUUCAUAUCAGGAUAUAAUGAAACUGUGUAUGGAAAAACCUCUGCAUGACCAUGACAAAGGACAGUUUUUCAUGAGUUUUUCAUGAACUUUACUACAAGUUGUACAUGGAAUAUCUCAACAAUUGAUUUUUUAGCCGACAAAAUUAAAGUUAAGUUAAUAAUAUGUCAUAUAAAAUACGAAGAAAAUUAAACUUGUGAGUAUUUAACUGAAUUGGCUAGCAGUAGAGCAGGCUACUGAUGAGUUUUAUAAAAAUUGACACUUUGAGCAAUCAGAAAAUGGUUUUAUGUUCUAUUUCUAGGAAUUUAAGUGACUUACAUCAAAUUGAGUUCUUUUCGGUCUUUUUAAAAUACACUUAUUCCAUGAAGAAGAAAUAUGUAGCAUGUUUUAUAUGGGAACAUUUGAUAUUUCUGCAGUAACAGCAGUCCUCAAAUGUAGGUAGCUGUCUGUGUGUAGAGAAAUUUUUUGUGAUGUCUUCAGUUGAAAAUGUCUGUAGCAGCUUUUUGUGUGAUUGUUUUGAUAGGCAGCAUUUUUUUUUCAUAAAUAAUAAAAAUCCAAACAUUCCAGUGAUUUCUUGAUGUAAUGCUAAUGAUUUAUACAAGUGUUUAUAUUGAGCUGGUAUAAUAUCUACUUAAUUGUGCCAUAAACUACAAUAAGGUGGGGGUUAGGGUUAAUAUGCUUUACAUACCGUUACUGUUAGUACUUGGAUAGAUUAAAAAUUUUAUUAAUUAAAAAUUCAACAUAAUUUUAAUUGAGUUAAAUUCGAUGCUUAUAGUUCUGUUGUUUUGAAUGCUUGUUCUUCUAUAGAAAAUUUUCUAUUUAUUAUAUUUUUGUAAGACAGAAAUGUUACGUAUAAGCAUUGUCAGGGACUUUUUUUGCAGAAUAUUUAGCAAUAAUUUGUUGUCCAGCAAGGUCACUUUUAUUUACUAUCAGCAUAAGUGUUAUGUAAUACAAUCAAAAUUAUUUGCAAUAUUUUGGUUAUUCAUUUAAAGAUUGGUUUAAAUGAUUUUGUGCAAUAUUUAGUUGCUGUGCAAUAUAUAUAUUUUUUAUUUUUAUCUUCAAGAGUUAUAAAAGGUCACAAUAUGUUUCCUUGUCAGUUUUAUCGGAAACUGUUUUUUUUUUUUUUUAAUUGGAUUUUCUCCCAAAUUAAAUUAUAUGAUAUCAAUGUAUUCCUUUUGUUGUUAUCUUAAUUGUAUACAAUAUUGGUUGAUGUUUUGUUUGUGUUUAGCUUAUUGGUAAGGUGCUAAAUUUACUGUAUAAUUAUUUGUGUGUAAUACAGGAAUAAAGGUUUUCAAAAAAUGAAAAGUAAAUAAUCUUUGAAGAAAAUGAAAUUAUCAAAGAUAAAUACUGUUCAAAUUCCAACAUCUCUAGCUUCAGUUCCACAAGCAGGACAUGGAGUGUAUCAUUUAUAUCAAAAAGGACCUCCACAUAUUUAGGAAGAGAAAAAAAAAGAUACAGGUCCAUUUUGGUGUUCCAGUGUAUUGUCUUUUAUUGUGAUUGUAAAUACAGGAAUUUGUUAAAUAGGUAACAUGCAAUAUUCCUGACAAAAUAAUCAUACCAUUUAUCUUGUUUUUUUUUCCAGUAUCCUAGAUUUAUAUUCAGUAUUGCUAUAAUUACAACAGAUUAUGCUUGUUCUGUGCAUUAUUUUGAGGCACUCUGGGGGCAUAGUUCAUAUUCUACUUUUUUACCUAAAGCUGCAAUCAAAUAGAUUACAAUGGACUUAUUCCAGCUAUUUA